UUAUUCAGUUGCCUUGGAGAUGAUCCUGCUGUAAAUGUAGGGCCGAAGAUUAAUGGUGUGGACAGUAUGGACCUAAUGAACGGACAGUCAAGCAGUGUUAAUAUUGCAGCUACUGCUUCAGAGAAGAGUAGCAGCUCUGAAUCCUUGAGUGACAAAGGUUCAGCUGAACUGAAGAAGAGCUUUGAUGCAGUGGUAUUUGAUGUUCUAAAGGUUACACCAGAAGAAUAUGCGGGUCAGAUAACGCUAAUGGAUGUCCCUGUAUUUAAAGCAAUUCAGCCAGAGGAGCUGGCAAGCUGUGGCUGGAAUAAAAAAGAGAAAUACAGUUCUGCACCAAAUGCUGUUGCUUUCACCAGAAGAUUCAAUCAUGUAAGCUUCUGGGUUGUUAGAGAGAUUCUACAUGCACAAACUUUAAAAAUAAGAGCUGAGGUUUUGAGCCACUAUAUUAAAACGGCGAAGAAACUGUAUGAGCUGAAUAAUCUGCAUGCUCUUAUGGCAGUUGUGUCAGGCCUACAGAGUGCUCCAAUCUUCAGGCUGACUAAAACAUGGGCGUUACUGAGUCGGAAGGAUAAAGCCACCUUUGAAAAGCUGGAGUAUGUUAUGAGUAAAGAAGAUAAUUACAAAAGGCUUAGAGACUAUAUCAGCAGCUUGAAGAUGACUCCUUGUAUUCCCUAUUUAGGUAUUUAUCUGUCAGAUUUGACAUAUAUUGACUCUGCCUACCCAUCAACAGGGAGCAUUCUGGAAAGUGAGCAAAGAACAAAUUUAAUGAACAACAUUCUUCGAAUUAUCUCAGAUUUACAGCAGUCAUGUGAAUAUGAUAUUCCUCUGCUGCCUCAUGUCCAAAAAUAUCUGAACUCAGUUCAGUACAUAGAAGAACUACAAAAGUUUGUAGAAGAUGACAAUUACAAACUUUCAUUAAAGAUAGAACCAGGGACCAGCACCCCCCACUCUGCUGCUUCCAGAGAAGAUUUAGUAGGCUCUGAAGUCGGAGCAUCUCCACAAAGCGGACGGAAAAAUGUUGCAGCUGAGGGAGCCUUGCUGCCACCAACACCCCCUUCACCUCGGAACCUGAUACCGCAUGGACAUAGGAAAUGUCACAGUCUGGGAUACAAUUUCAUACACAAAAUGAAUACGGCUGAAUUUAAAAGCGCAACAUUCCCCAACGCAGGACCAAGACAUUUACUGGAUGACAGCGUCAUGGAGCCUCAUGUCCCAUCCCGAGGGCAGGCAGAAAGCUCCACCCUUUCUAGUGGAAUUUCAAUAG